AGUGUUGGAGACCACGGAGCUCCACAAAGCGCAGCGCCGACCCUCCACACAACGAGCCGUCCAGCCCCGCUCCUGGCGAGAGGAAAUGAAGCGGAGGCUCAACAAGAAAUACUUGGUUUUGAUUCUGGCAUAUUCCGGUUUGCUUCUGCUAAUCCCGUACGUGUUAGAUUACCGGGAUAAAUCCGUCCAACACGCGAAGCACGGACUGCCGCAGCAACAGCCCAGAUGCCCAGAUCUGGACAACACGGUGGCGCUCCUGUGGGAUAACGGAUACAAAGUGAACGGCAGCGACGCCACGGAGCCCGCCACCAACAGGAGCCAGGCUCGGAUACAUAUCUACCUGCAUGCCACCUGGAGGACCGGCUCCUCGUUCCUGGGGGAGCUGUUCAACCAGCACCCAGAUGUUUUCUACCUGUACGAGCCCAUGUGGCACAUCUGGCAGGCUCUGUACCCGGGGGACGCGGGGAGCCUCCAGGGCGCAGUGCGGGACAUGAUGAACGCCUUGUUCCGCUGCGACUUCUCCGUGCUCAAACUUUACGCAGGCUCGCAGAACAUCACCACCUCCUUCAUCUUCGGCUGGAAGAUGAACAAGGUGAUCUGCUCGGAGCCGCUCUGCGACGCGCACAAGCGCCACGAAAUCGGGCUGGUGAAAGAGGACCAGUGCGCAAAGUGCCAGAGGAGGGACAUCAGGGAGCUGGAGAGGGAGUGUAAGAAGUACCCGGUGAUGGUGAUCAAAGGAGUCCGCGUUUUGGACCUGAGCACGCUGGUUCCUUUGAUGAAAGACCCCGCGAUAAACCUCCAGAUCAUUCAGCUCUUCAGAGACCCCAGGGCCGUGCACAACUCGCGGCUCAAGUCCAAGCAGGCCCUGGUGAAGGAGAGCAUCCAGGUGCUGCGCAGCAAGAAGCAGACCGACAAGUACAAGCGGCUGCUGGUGCCGAGCAACAGGGUGAACCGGGCGGAGAGCUACGUCUCCAGCGCCAUGGAGCUCAUCUGCGACAACUGGCUCAGCGACAUGAUGCUGGUGGUGAACGCGCCUCCCUGGGUGAGGAGGAACUACCUCCGCAUCCGCUACGAGGACCUGGUCCUGCACCCCAUGGAGGAGCUGCAGAGGCUCUACCGCUUCUCCAACCUCUCCACCUUCCCCGCUCUGGAGAAGUUCGCGCUCAACAUGACGCACGGCCACGGCUACUCAUCAGACAAGCCUUUCCUGAUAUCAUCAAGGGACGCAAAGGAGGCUAUAUUUGCCUGGAGGGAGAGGCUGAAUGUGGAGCAGAUUAAUCAGGUGGAGGCCUACUGCAGUGAAGUCAUGAGGCAUCUGGGCUAUCAGAAGAACAGCCUGGACAAAGCAACAUGAGGAUGUGCCACCAGAUAUCAAGGGUCCUGCUAUUUGAAGCUGAGGGCAAAAGGUGGAAUAACAAAACAAGGAGCCGGAAUGCGGUUCCACUAGGAGUUCUCAAGCGCGCCUCUUGGGUUGUUUUUCCUCGAGCCGAGGCGGGUCAACGAACUGGAGAAAAUCCAAGUGGAAAGAGCAGCUCAGUCACAGACAGCCAAAUUAGAAACGAGGAGAAGGCAGCUUAUUUUCACAGUGUUAUCUGUUUGACACCAGCAGGGUCUGAGAGAAUGUGGGGAGGGGGAUAAAACGAGACGGACGAGGCUGGUUUGUGCUGCCGUUACACUGGCCGGCCUCUAUCCUUCUGUCCUUUUAGUAGCACUAAUCCCUCCUCAAAUCCCCUGCAGCCGAGGGCCAUAAAAAGCCAGAGAUGGGUCCUUCUGUGGAGAUGGCUGCCAGGAUCCAGGGCGGCAGCAUCAGGUUCACUCUCACCUGCGUGACUUAUCGGUCCGGUCUAUGACUAAGCACGGCAGUAAUCUCGAGCAUUACUGACACUAAACUGCACCCGGCUCACUAACAGCGCUAAUGUAGAGAAUUCAAAGAAGAAACUACAGUAUUUUCUGGAAAAGAGGCCUCACUGAGGAGCCAUUGUUCCACCCCCGGCCCCUCAGGAAUCCAGACAGCUGCAGCGCCCCGUUGACAAAACACUCACAUGGGUGUGAGAUUUUCUAAUAUCCCACAGACUACUUGGAGGGCUUCCUCUGCCAGUGAACGUCUUCUCACAAACACAUCACACGGUACUGACUCACACUGUUACCUGCUCUUUGUAGUUUUGUUUUUGUCUAAAACACUGUAAACAGCUGUGAUAUCUCCCUGAUUUUGAGGAUGUGUUGCGGUUUUUACAGCAUCCACGUGUUCAACUUCACAAGUUGGUUCUCUAAUAAUUGUUCUGGGUGAAUUCCAUGAAGACGUUCUCUUGUCAAAGAAGGAAGUAACUUUUAGACUAUUUAAACUGACUUAAAUAAAGGGGAAAAACUACAAAUGGAA